CGGCCCGCACAUGGGCGCGGGGCUGGGCGCCGCGGGUUCGAGGCUGCGCUCCGCUCCCUCGGCUCCGCUCCGCUGCCCGCCCGCCAUGGCCCGGCGGAGCGCGCUCUCCAUCCGCAUCGUGGAGGGCAGGAACCUGCCCGCCAAGGACAUCACGGGGAGCAGCGACCCGUACUGCAUCGUGAAGAUCGACAAUGAAGCCAUCAUCAGGACUGCCACGGUGUGGAAGACAUUGUCCCCGUUCUGGGGGGAGGAAUACGAGGUGCAGCUCCAGCCCACCUUUCACAGCAUCUCCAUCUACGUCAUGGAUGAGGAUGCGCUCAGCCGCGAUGAUGUUAUCGGGAAGGUCUGCAUCACCCGGGACAUGCUGGCGGAGCACCCCAAGGGCUACAGCGGCUGGAUGAGCCUCAGCGAGGUGGACCCCGACGAGGAGGUGCAGGGGGAGAUCCACCUGCGGGUGGAGGUCCUGGGGAGCCAGGGCAGCCGGCGGCUGCUGCGCUGCACCGUGCUGGAAGCCAGGGAUUUGGCCAGGAAGGACCGGAACGGCGCCUCCGACCCCUUUGUCCGCCUGCGCUACAACGGGAAGGUGCAGGAGAGCACCGUGGUCAAGAAAUCCUGCUACCCCCGCUGGAACGAGACCUUCGAGUUCGAGCUGGCUGAGCCCGCCGGGGAGAAGCUGUGCGUGGAGGUGUGGGACUGGGACCUCGUCGGCAGGAACGACUUCUUGGGCAAGGUGGUGUUCAGCGUCCAGGGGCUGGAGGCGGCCGGGCAGGAGGAGGGCUGGUUCGGGCUGCGGCCGGACAAGUCCAAGCCGAGGGAGGACGAGCACCGAAGCAGCUUGGGCUCGCUGCAGCUGCAGGUGAGGCUGCGGGACGAGACGGUGCUGCCCUCCCACUGCUACCAGCCCCUGGUCCAGCUCCUGUGCCAGGAGGUGAAGUCGGGGCGCCAGGACGGCCAAGUGCACCUGGUCACCCUCCUGGAUGAAACUACCACGGCCGAGUGCCGGCAGGAGGUCGCCGUCAACUUGGUCAAACUCUUCCUGGGCCAAGGGCUGGUCAAGGAGUUCCUGGACCUGCUCUUCGAGCUGGAGCUGGCCAAGCCCUGCGAGCCCAACACUUUGUUCCGGAGCAACUCCCUGGCCUCAAAGUCGAUGGAGUCCUUCCUCAAGGUGACAGGGAUGCCGUACCUGCACGCCAUCCUGGGACCCACCAUCACCCGCGUGUUCGAGGAGAAGAAGUACGUGGAGCUGGACCCCGGCAAGGUGGAGAUCAAAGACGUCGGGUGCUCGGGGCUGCACCGGGUGCAGACGGAGGGCGAGGUGAUCGAGCAGGGCCGCCAGCACCUCCAGUCCUACCUGGGCGAGCUGCUGGACGCCAUCAUCAAGUCGGCCCCCGCGUGUCCCCCCGUCAUCCGCACCGCUUUCCGGCAGCUCUUCCGGCGCGUCGGGGAGCGAUUCCCCCAGCACCAGCACGUCAAGUUCGUGGCUGUCACCAGCUUCCUCUGCCUCCGCUUCUUCUCGCCGGCCAUCAUGACCCCCAAGCUCUUUCACCUGCGGGAGACGCACGCCGACGCGCGCACCAGCCGCACGCUGCUGCUCCUGGCCAAGGCUGUCCAGAUGGUGGGCAACAUGGAGCCGGCAGCCGGGCGGGCCAAGGAGACCUGGCUGGCACCGCUGCUGCCCGCCCUGCAGCAGGGCAUCGCCCAGAUGAAGGACUUCAUCUCCCGGCUGGUGGGGACGGAGGAAGAGGAGGAGGAAGGUGAGGGGGGACCGCUGGGCCCCCCCGCCGUGGUGGUGAAGGAGGGGCCGCUCUUCGUCCACAAGACGCGGGGCAAGGGGCCGCUGCCGGCCGCCGCCAAGAAGCUCCACUUCUGCCUCACCGGGGAGGCCCUCAGCUUCGGCAAGAGCCCCGGCGCGGAGCGUAGCGGUGCCAUCGCCCUGGCCGACAUCCUCGCUGCCGAGAAGGUGGAGGAGAAGAGCUUCGGGAGCUCCCACGUCAUGCAGGUGGUCUACGUGGGCGCGGGCGGGCAGCAGGAGACGGCCUACCUCCAGUGCAAGUGCGUCAACGAGCUGAACCAGUGGCUGUCGGCCCUGCGCAAGGUCUGCGUCAACAACCCCCGCGUGCUCCGUGCCUACCACCCCGGCGUCUUCCGCGGGGACAAGUGGAGCUGCUGUCACCAGAAGGAGAGGACAGGGCUGGGGUGCGACCGGACCCGGCACGGCGUCACCCUGCAGGACUGGAGUGACCCCCUGGACCCCGCGGCGGAGGCGCAGCGCCUCUUCCACCACCUCCAGGGUCUCCGAGGGACCCUCCGGGAAAAGUACUGGGAGCUGCUGGAGCCAGAGGGUGCCCCAAAUGGCGCCCGGGGUGAAGGCACCCCCCUGCCCGAGGGGCUGAGCCGGCUCUUCGGGGUGCUGGGGGACCUGGAGGGCUGCCACCGCCUGGAGGGCAGGCCCGGAAGCUGCGAGGCAGACGUGGUGGCAGCACUGGUGGCCCUGCUCAUGGUGGCCCUGGUGACAUCGCUGGUGGCACUGCUGGUGAUGCCAUUUCUGGUGGUCUGGCUGGUGGUGGUGUCACUGGUGGCCCUGGUGCCAUCUCUGGUGACACUGCUGGUGAUGCCAUUUCUGGUGGCCCGGCUGGUGGCGGUGUCGCCGGUGGUUCUGCUGGCAGCCUGGUGCAAGCUCUGCUGGUGGCUCUACUGGUGGCGGCACUGGUGA